AUGAUUGUACAGGAGGUUUAUGGAGUGAAAGUUGUUGUAGUGGUGGUGGGAUCCAUUGGGGGGGGAGGGGUGAGGGGGUUGGAGUGUGGGACGGGGGGGGGGUGCGUGGGGAGUUGGGGUAAGGGCGGGGGGGGGGACGGGGUCGCGGGGGUUGGGGGGAGGCUGGGUGGGAGUGGACUUGGCGGGGGGGGUGUGGUGUGGGGGGGUGCGGUUGGUGGGGGCGGGUGA